ACAACAUAGAACAUUUCUGUCAGAAUGUGAUGUUUAUUUUCUGACUGGAAUUUAAUCAUAUUCUAUUUAUUACCUCGAUUAUGAUUACCCACAUAUACCAAAUUCUAAAAAUAGUUGGUGGUGCGUGUCUGGUUUUAUAAUUGUGAUUCAACUGUUCAUGAUAUUUGUCAUCUAGUGAAAAAGGAAUAUUAACUAUGAGGAUACAGGAUAUUAUCUAAAUUAGUUUCAUAGCUAUGAUUAAAGUUUGCAAUUCGUAUUGAAUUUCAUUCCGAUAUUAGGGCAGGAUAUUCAGUGACAGUUAUCUGCUGUGAAUCAUCAAGAAGGAAGAUUCCUGAAUUUUGUUCCACUAUUGAUUUUUCUCUGGUGCAAAAACUAUGUCCUAUCCACCACCAAACCAUCAGGCACACCCCCAGGGAGGAAUGUAUCCGACACCUUAUAACAGUAAUUAUCCUCCAGCCCCUGCACCAGGCUACGUUACUCCUAAUGCUCCAGGUUAUGGUGCGCCAGGUCAGGGUUAUCAACCUGUUCCAACUCAGUAUCCACCAGGUCCUGGACCGUAUGGUCCUGGUCAGUAUGGUGGACCCAUAACUAAUCAACCAAUGGUACCUGGAGGAGGACCACCUGGUAAGUUAUUCUCAAUAUUGAAACCAUAUAAUAAUGAUAAUUUCUUCAUCACAACUACACCUUCUGUCUUACAAUUAAGGUGA